AUGGCCGCCCAACGCCGCCCCCUACCAUGCGGCAUCUACGCCCCAACAAUGACCUUCUUCGACCCCAAGACCGAAGACCUCGAUAUUCCCACCAUCAAAAAGCAUGCACAACGCCUGUUGCGCGACGGUCUUGUCGGACUCGUCGUCAUGGGCUCCAACGGUGAGGCCGUUCACUGCACGCGCGAGGAGAAGCUUGCCGUCACGCAGGCCACGCGCGAGGCCCUCGACGAGGCUGGCUUUCCCUCCGCCCCCAUCAUCCUCGGCGCCACCGAAGGCUCCGUACGCGGCACUAUCGAGCUUUGCACACUCGCAGCGGCGCAGGGCGCAGACUACGCGCUUAUCCUCCCGCCAUCGUACUACCGCGCGCAGACGGACGAGAGCGUCGUCUUUGACUACUUUUCCGCCGUCGCCGACGCCUCGCCGCUGCCCAUCGUCCUGUACAACUACCCCGGUGCGGUCUCCGGCAUCGACAUGGACAGCGACCUCAUCGUCCGCCUAGCGCAGCACCCCAACAUCGUGGGCGCCAAGUUCACGUGCGGCAACACGGGCAAGCUGACGCGCGUGGCGCGGGCCGCGGACGCCCGGACGCCCGCCGCCGAGGGCUCUGGCUUCAUGGCGUUUGGUGGCAUGUGCGACUUCACCACGCAGACGCUGCAGAGCGGCGGCAGCGGCAUCAUCGCUGGCGGCGCCAACGUCAUGCCCAAGGUCUGCGCGCGCGUCUGGAACCUGUACGCCCAGGGCCGUCGGGAGGAGGCUGAAGCGCUGCAGAGGAUCCUGAGCAGCGGCGACUGGCCGCUUACCAAGGCCGCAAUUGCCGGCACCAAGCAAGCGAUCCAAAUUCAUUUCGGCUACGGUGGGUAUCCGCGGCGGCCACUCAAGCGUCUUAACCAGGCACAGAUCGAGGCUAUUGAGGACGGUACACGUGAAGUAAUGGAGCUAGAAAAGAGUCUGUGA